GGUGACUUGGUGCCCACUGCCUUGCCAGAUGACGCGGUGCCCGCUGGCGAGCUAAAUGACCUGAUGCCUGGUGACCCAGUGCCCGCUGUCAUACCUGCCAGACAAUCCAAUGCCUGACCCAGUGCCCGCUGUCAUACCUGUUGACUCGGAGCCCACUGUCGUGCCUGACCUGUCGCUCCGCCUGGGGCCUGAGACCUGUCGCUCCGCCUGGGGGUCCGCCGCCCGCCGCUCCGCCUGCGGGCCCGAGACCUGUCGCUCUGCCUGGGGGCCCGGCGCCCGCCGCUCCGCCUGGGGGCCUGAUGCCUGUCGCCCCUCCUGGGGGCCCGAUGCCUGUCGCCCCGCCCUGGGGGCCCGAUGCCUGUCGCCCCGCCGGGGGGCCCGAUGCCUGUCGCCCCGCCUGGGGGCCCGAUGCCUGUCGCCCCUCCUGGGGGCCCGGCGCCCGCUGCUCCGCUUGGGGGCCCGAUGCCUGUCGCCCCGCCUGGGGGCCCGAUGCCUGUCGCCCCGCCUGGGGGCCCGGUGCCUGCUGCUUCACCUG